AUGGGGGUGCAGUCGCGGAUGAGGAAGAAGCGGGGGGUGGCCAAGGUGUCGCGGAAGACCAAGAACAGGGGGCAGAAGGUGUCGAAGUUGCCGGAGGAGUUCAAGAAGGACCUGGCAGUCCUGGAAAAGGGAGUUGGGGUGGCACCGACGUGGAAUGAGCUAGACACCGUGGAGGACAAUUACGUCAGGAACGGCAUCCUCCGGAACGCCAACGCCAGCUUCGGGCGCAACAGGCACGCGGAGAGCCGGAAACAGGAGGCGCGUCGUGUGCGCGAAGAGGCGGGGGCGCAGAGCCCCGAGCGCGACGACUGCAGCGCCUCGGAGAGCGACGACGAGCUCCGCGCCCUGCUCAGCAAGACGCGCAAGACUGGCGUGGCCGCGCCGAAGCGGCUGACGCCGACGCAGGUGCGCGUGGUGGAGGAGCUCAUCGCGGCGCACGGCGACGACGUCGCCCGCAUGGCGCGCGACAUCAAGCGCAACAAGAUGCAACAUACGGAAGGGAAACUUCGAAUGAUGAUUCGCAGCUACAACCACUGGGGCAACGACCCGGCGAACCGCCACGACUUCCGCGUGCCGCGCAAGGGCCUCUGGUGA